AUGGAGAGACUUCUCGUCGCUAUCGUGAUCGCUUGUGUGCCAUGCAUCUUUGCGAAACCUCCGAGUGCAAUCAAAGGUGGUGACGCAGCUGACACUGGUGAAUUCCCGUGGCAAGUUUCGCUUCGCAUGGAUUACACUCAUGUCUGCGGUGGUAGCAUCAUUGAUGAUCGUCAUAUUCUCACAGCAGCCCAUUGUGUUCAGGAGGAGGACGGACGCUUAUUCAAAGGAAUGAGAGUUUUAAUAGGUAGUAACAACGCCCGUCAAUGGUUCCCCAAGACCCACAAGGUGAAGAGUCUCCAUCCACACAAGAAAUACAGACAGGUGGAGCCCUAUAGAUACGAUAUUGCAAUCGUCACGUUGGAAGAACCAAUCGAAUUCAAUGACCGCCAAAAACCGAUAGCAUUGCCUGAGAAAGAUGUGUCCAUCGGUGAUGAGGUUACGGUCAGUGGCUGGGGACACACUAAUUGGCCUGCCGCGAUGAAGACCUAUCCAGUCACGUUGAUGAAGAUGGAGAAGAAGAUCGUCAGCAAUAGCCGUUGUAUGAGGGACCAUCAAAGUGUCAUCUACCGUGAUCAGCUUUGUGCUUAUGGUGGUUAUGGAAAAGGCGUCUGCUCUGGCGACAGCGGUAGUGGCCUCAUCUACAAUGGCCAAAUCGUUGGCAUUGCUUCCUGGGUGAUGCCUUGCGCUGUUGGAUAUCCGGAUGUUUACACUAGAGUAUAUUCUCAUAAAGAUUGGAUCGCUAGGAUAAUCGUUGAUAAUUGA